GCAGGCGCAGAAGCACGGCCGCGGUGGCGGUUAGGGAGGGUUCUUCCGGAAGGUUCGGGAGCUUUCUAGAAAAGGCGCCGCGCGCUGGGCGGGCCGCCACUAUAUAAGGAAGACGCGGGGGCGGCGCUCCAGUUGCUACUGCGUCCUGGUGCCGCUUUGCUGCGGAGCUGUGCGGUCCUUUCUCCAAGAUGCCCGAGGAGACCCAGGUCCAGGAUCAGCCCAUGGAGGAUGAGGAGGUGGAGACGUUCGCCUUCCAGGCGGAAAUCGCCCAGUUGAUGUCCUUGAUCAUCAACACCUUUUACUCGAACAAAGAGAUCUUCCUGCGGGAGCUCAUCUCCAAUUCCUCCGAUGCCCUGGACAAAAUCCGAUACGAGAGUCUGACGGACCCCAGUAAGCUGGACUCGGGGAAAGAACUGCACAUUAACCUCAUUCCCAACAAACAGGACCGAACCCUCACCAUUGUAGACACGGGGAUCGGCAUGACCAAGGCCGAUUUGAUCAAUAACCUUGGUACCAUCGCCAAGUUGGGGACCAAGGCGUUCAUGGAAGCGCUGCAGGCUGGCGCAGACAUCUCCAUGAUUGGCCAGUUCGGUGUGGGCUUUUAUUCUGCGUAUCUGGUGGCUGAGAAGGUGACGGUGAUCACCAAGCACAACGAUGAUGAGCAGUAUGCGUGGGAGUCCUCGGCUGGAGGCUCCUUCACCGUCAGGACAGACAUAGGUGAACCUAUGGGUCGUGGAACGAAGGUUAUUCUGCAUUUGAAGGAAGACCAAACUGAGUACUUGGAGGAAAGAAGAAUGAAGGAGAUUGUGAAGAAACACUCUCAGUUUAUUGGCUAUCCCAUUACACUUUUUGUGGAGAAAGAACGAGAUAAAGAAGUGAGUGAUGAUGAGGCUGAAGAAAAAGAAGAGAAGGAGGAAGAGAAAGAAAAAGAAGAAAAGGAGUCAGAUGAUAAGCCUGAAAUAGAAGAUGUUGGUUCCGAUGAAGAAGAAGAAGAAAAGAAGGAUGGUGACAAGAAGAAGAAGAAGAAGAUCAAGGAAAAGUACAUUGACCAAGAGGUUCUCAACAAAACUAAGCCUAUUUGGACCAGAAAUCCUGAUGAUAUCACCAAUGAAGAGUAUGGAGAGUUCUAUAAGAGCCUUACCAAUGACUGGGAAGACCAUUUGGCUGUGAAGCAUUUCUCAGUUGAAGGACAGUUGGAAUUCAGGGCCCUUCUCUUUGUCCCGAGACGUGCCCCUUUUGACCUGUUUGAGAAUCGGAAGAAAAAGAACAACAUUAAGUUGUACGUGCGCAGGGUCUUCAUCAUGGACAACUGUGAGGAGCUGAUCCCGGAGUAUCUCAAUUUCAUUCGUGGCGUGGUGGACUCUGAGGACCUCCCUUUAAAUAUUUCUCGGGAGAUGUUGCAACAAAGCAAAAUUUUGAAAGUUAUCAGAAAGAAUUUGGUCAAAAAGUGCUUGGAACUCUUCACCGAACUGGCGGAAGAUAAAGAGAACUACAAAAAGUUUUAUGAGCAGUUUUCUAAAAACAUAAAGCUUGGGAUACACGAAGACUCUCAAAACCGGAAGAAGCUUUCAGAGCUGUUGCGCUAUUACACAUCUGCGUCUGGCGAUGAGAUGGUGUCUCUCAAGGACUACUGCACCAGAAUGAAGGAAAACCAGAAGCACAUCUACUACAUCACUGGUGAAACCAAGGACCAAGUUGCAAACUCAGCCUUUGUGGAGCGUCUCCGGAAGCACGGCUUGGAGGUGAUCUACAUGAUAGAGCCCAUCGAUGAGUACUGUGUCCAACAGCUGAAGGAAUUUGAGGGGAAGACGUUAGUGUCCGUCACCAAAGAGGGCUUGGAACUUCCAGAAGAUGAAGAGGAGAAAAAGAAACAAGAAGAGAAGAAAACAAAGUUUGAAAACCUCUGCAAAAUCAUGAAAGACAUCUUGGAGAAAAAAGUAGAAAAGGUGGUGGUGUCCAAUCGGUUGGUCACAUCCCCGUGCUGCAUCGUCACGAGCACAUACGGCUGGACGGCCAACAUGGAAAGAAUCAUGAAGGCUCAGGCCUUGAGAGACAACUCGACAAUGGGCUACAUGGCCGCCAAGAAGCACCUGGAGGUAAACCCUGACCACUCCAUCAUCGAGACCUUGCGGCAAAAGGCCGAGGCUGACAAGAACGACAAGUCUGUGAAGGACCUGGUCAUCUUGCUCUAUGAGACCGCACUGCUGUCUUCAGGCUUUAGUCUAGAAGAUCCCCAGACACAUGCUAACAGGAUCUACAGGAUGAUCAAACUCGGUCUGGGGAUUGAUGAAGAUGACCCCACUGCUGACGAGACCAGCACAGCUGUCACUGAAGAGAUGCCGCCCCUCGAAGGAGAUGACGACACUUCACGCAUGGAGGAAGUUGACUAAUUCGUCCUGAGGCAUCCACGAGUUCAAUACUUUUUCUUCAUUCCCUCUGACAAUAUAUUUU